CAAGACUAUAGCGCAUCUCUGUCGCGGCAGAGACAUCAAUUAAUUGUUGAUUCGGUUAAUGCACAUGUGUUACACAAUUUAAGCUCUGAAUAUCUAAAAGCAUAAGUGAAAGGGUAAUGUUUGAACAGUUUUUAUUUUCGAUAUGAUUUCGUUGAAGGAAUUAUUUAUUUCAGAAAACCCGAUGGAUCCUCUACUUUCGUUUUCAAUGUAGUGUAUCAAAUAGGCCCUGUAAACGAACGUUUGGUGUAUUCAUUCAGAAAAAGGGAUACAAUGGCCACACGACGAUCUACAUCCGAGUCCGAAGACAUAGUUUUUGAUGAAAAAACGCUCAAGCUCUCAGAGAUAAAGGCUUUUUUUGUCUGUACAAUAUGCUCCAAUUUAUUAAGUGGAACUUCUACAACUGUUUGUGGACACCGAUAUUGUGCACACUGUAUACAGAACUGGUUUCAAAGAAAGAAAGAUUGUCCUGUCUGCAACAGGUCUUUGAGAAAUCAUCAAGAGGUCAGAGAUCACCAGUUUGAUGAUUUGCUGAAAACUAUUAAAGAGAAGGCAGUCAGUACUGCUGAGGUUGGAGCCAGAUAUGUGUUGGAGACGAGUAAUAGUACCGAUGGUGGUAAUGGUAAUAGAGUCAGCCAUCCCAUUGACCAGAAGAUGGCAGAGGUUCUGUGUGUUCUCCUACCCCAGAAAGACAGGGAUCUGAAGGAUAUGGUGGAGAAAUUAAUUGCAGAAAAGGACAAAGUUCUACAAAUUUUCAAGGAAAAAGAGCUGCCACAGAGGGAUAGGCAAAUUGAGUUUUACCGAGAUCAGUGUAAAAAACUGGAAGAGGAAGCAAAGCUGCUGAGACCUUUGCCAGAAAAAAUGGAGAAAUUCCGACAAUUGGAGGCGAAACUCAAUGGAGAAAAGCACCAACUGGAAGAAAAAAUACAGAGAUUGCAAGGGGAGUUAACUACCCUGCGGACAGAUGUUGUAACACGUCAACAGAGGGAAAAGGAGCUGUACGGACAAUUACAGCACCAAGCUGCUGAAAUAAAACACCUUGAGAUGGUCUCAGAUGAAAAAACAAAGGCAGCAGCAAUCUGUGACUCUCUGAAGAAAACAGUCAAACAACUGGAGAAAGAUUUACAACGAAAGACAAGUGAAGCUGCCCAGUUAGGAGGCUUUGUCGUCUACAAGGAACUUUUCGAUCAAAAAAAUCAAGAGGCUUUUGUCUUGCAAGAGUGUCUGAAAUACAAGGAAUCUAUCAUCUUGGAGAUGCAACAACAGCUGGAGAACAGGGAUGGACAAAUUAUUGCCUUGACACAGAAGUUAAAAGAGACACCUUUGUCCCUUAAAGAUGUAGAAAUUCGUUACAAUAAACAGCUGCAAAAAAUGGAAGAAGACAUGGAAAAAUUUUACGAGCGGAAAUCUGAAAUGGAUAAAAGACAUACAGAGAAUUUAGCUAAAGAAUUGGCAGAAGUAAGAUCAGCCCAUUUAGAGGACCAACAGAGAAUGCAUGAUGAGAACAUGAAAUUAAGAAAGAGCUUUGAAACACAAAAUAAUAUUCCCAAUUGGAAUUCAGAGGAAAGGUGCACACAGUUGGAAGCCUCCUUAAACUACUACAAAAAUAAAGUUCAUGAGUUAGAAGAGAGAUUAACUAUCAGCUAUAACAAGAGUAAUAGCUGCAGCCCAUAGAAUGCAAGGACUGAUACCUCCUAAUGACAAGGCAACAAAGAUUUUUUUUCUAUGCAGUAAUGGACAGUUUCUCUCUACUAUUUAAUCAUAGCAUAAAUUUUUAUUACUGUAAAAGUGCUUAUCUAUAGUUAUGCGGUAAGCUUAAAACCUUGUAAAACAACCCUAAAAAAUCAAAUUUUAGAGUAGAAAAAAAUGCAAAUGCAUAUUUUAAUACCCACACUUAUUUGACGAUAGAAAACUUGUACCUAACCACAAGCGCAAAUAACCACUUUUACAGUAAUUCAAAGAU